AUGCAAUACGCGGCGGGCCGCUAUUUGACGGUGGCCCGCGGAAGGCCCUCGAGCGCCUCUGUGAGUCGCACCUCAUCGGGUGUGCUGUUCCGUGCCGUCCCCGCCACGCUUGGGAAGCUCCGAGCAUCAAGGGCCCUGUAUGGGGAAGGAAUCACUUUCGUCGUGCUGAAGCCUAGCAACCUGGCCUCCUGGGAGAUCAAACAGGAAGUGGUGCCAGGAAGCUCGUCCGUGUCCAUGUUCUGCCAGCGCAAGGCCAGCUCGCUGGGACAGAGGCUCGAGGGGUCCUUCUACGAGGUCAUGUCCGUGGACUUUGAGAUUGACAACUUUAUCAACCUGAAGUCCACCCAGACUAUCCGAUGGCAAAUUGAGUAUCCGGCCGUGGGCCUGCAGGCAGAGGUCCUCUCCCAUAUCUACAUCAGCCAAAGGGACAUUCGGGGCAUAGUGCCUCUGGCAGAGGACACAGAGAUCCUCAACACUGCCAUUCUGACUGGCCAGCGCGUCUCCGUCCCGGUGAAGCUGGUGACGGUGGAGCAGGACGGCACCGUGAGGGAGGUGGACGGCAUGGUGGGCUGCGCGUCCACCGAUGAAGACGUGGUGAAGGUGUCCCCCGGCUGUGAUUCGGUGCUGGUGAACGGGAAGGAGAUGCGUGGGCGCCAGUCGCUGAUGGUCAACUUCACCUACCUGUACCUGAGCACGCAGCUGGAGCUGACCGUGUGGGUGCCGCGCCUGCCCCUGCAGAUCGACGUCUCCGACACCGAGCUGAGCCAGGUCAAGGGCUGGAGGGUGCCCAUCCUCUCCAACAAGAGGCCGACGCGCGACAGCGAGGAUGACGAGGACGACGAGCGGAGAGGAAGGGGCUGCACGCUGCAGUACCAGUACGCCCUGGUGCGGGUGCUCACCCACUUCGUGGCCGAGCCGGCGGACCCGGGCGGGGAGCUGGUGUACAUGCUGGGCGCCGACUGGCAGGCGGACAUCACGGAGAUGGUGCAGGACUACCUCAAGGUGGAGGACCCGCGCAUCGCCCGCCUCAUCGACGGACGCGUGCUCAUGGGCAGAGACCUGGGCAUCACCACCAUCCAGGUAAUCUCACCGCUCUCAGACUCCAUCUUGGCCGAGAAGACAGUCACGGUCUUGGACGACAAGGUGACCAUCUCAGAUCUGGGCGUCCAGCUGGUGGCCUCCCUCAGCCUCUCCCUGCUGCCCAGCCCUGCGGACAGCCGCGCCAUCUACGUCACCACCACUGCACAAGACCUCCUCCACACACCCAAACAGGAAGCCGUCAUCAGCGCCUGGAUCCAGUACAGCGAUGGCUCCGUGACGCCCCUCAACAUCUACGACCCGCGGGACUUCACCUUGACCGCCACCUCCCUGGACGAGGCCGUGGUCUCCACCUACCAGGAGUCCCCGCAGAAGUGGCCCGUGGUGCAGGCCGAGGGCGAGGGCCAGGGGGCCCUGGUCAAGGUGGAGAUGGUCAUCUCCGAGACGUGCCAGAAGUCCAAGCGCAAGAGCGUGCUGGCCAUGGGCGUGGGCAACGUGCGGGUUAAGUUCGGCCAGAACGACGUGGAGCAGAGAGGCGGAGGAGGAGGUGGUGGAGGAGGAGGCGGGCAGGACGAGGGCGAGGGCGGCCUGGACAACAGCACCAGCGAGCAGAGGCAGAAGGGCCAGGGCUCCGAGGGCAAGACGGGCUCCGACACCACGGCCAAGACGGCCGUCACCAAGAAGUCGGCCGGCGCCAAGCAAGGGGGCAGCGGCGGCGGUGGCGGUCAGUCCCCCGUGGACUACACCAGCUUCCCCGCCCAGGUGGAGCUCCCGGGGGGCGCGGAGAACGACCUGACCCAGAGCCCGCGCGGCCUCUCCGACCUGGAGAUCGGCAUGUACGCGCUGCUGGGCGUCUUCUGCCUGGCCAUCCUGGUCUUCCUCAUCAACUGCGUGAGCUUCGCCUUCAAGUACCGCCACAAGCAGCUGCCCGUGCUGGAGCAGGGCAACAUGAACCACGCGCACGACUGGGUGUGGCUGGGCAACGAGGCCGACCUCAUGGACCACCACCACCACCACCACCACGCCAACCACCACGGGCCCCUGCCCCACAACGACGAGUGCACCACCGCCAUCGACCGCAGCGACAGCUGCGAGGAGAGCAAGUACCUGCUCAACGGCAGCGGGACCCUCAAGAGCGGCGCGUCGGCCCACGGCCAGACGCUGCCGCGGACUCUCUCCGAGCCGCGCGGCGCCGGACCGUGCGUGGGCAAGGACCAGUCGGGCAAGGCCGAGCCGCUCAACAACUCCCCCCGGGCGUCCAAGGGCAAGCGGGUCAAAUUCACCUCCUACGCCACCGUGCUGCCCGACGAGGGCGGGCCCUACACCAACUCCAUCCUGGUGGGGAACGACGACGACAUCAAGUGGGUGUGCCAAGACAUGGACUUGGGCCAGUCGGCCGAGAUCAGAACCUACAUGGAGAGGCUACAAGACAAUCUGUGAGAAACACACACAACGGUUUUGGGGGUGGGGGAACUGGACUCGACAUAAAUCUCACCUGUAAUGCCUUUGCGGUUGCUGUUACUUUCGGCGAAGGACUUUGACGAGGCGACGUCAAGUCGUUUUGGAAUGCAAUGCAAGUGACAUUCAUUGAUUGAUAAUGACAAUGACUAUGACAGGGUGAGGGGCGAA